AUGACAGAACCCGCCCCUGUCCCCGCGAUCAACCCGCCGCCAAACCCCCCCACAGACCGCCCGCUGCACACACUCCCGCCGCCCUUCUCGCAAGACGCGCUCACACCCAUCACCCAAGGCGCUGAAGCCCUCGUCUACAAAACCACCUUCCUCACCCCGUCCACGCCCGCCGUCGUCAAAUACCGCCCGCCAAAGCCCUACCGCCACCCCACCCUCGACAAGCGCCUCACGAAAUCGCGCCUCCUCGCCGAAGCCCGCAGCCUGGUGCGCGUCAAGCGCGAGGGCGUCAAUGUGCCCGGUGUGCUGGGCUGCGACGCGGACGCCGGGUGGCUGGUGCUGGAGUACGUGGACGGGCGCACGAUACGGCGGGUGCUGGACGCGUGGGCCGCGGAGGUCAAGGAGCAGGAGAAGCGCGUGUUUGCCGAGGGCGGCGAUGUGGGGCAGCUGGAGCGGGGAGGCGGUGAUGCGAGUGAGAUUAUGGGGCUGAUGGGGAGAGUUGGGCGCGAGGUGGGCAAGCUGCAUGAGUUGGGUGUUUGUCAUGGGGAUCUGACGACAAGUAAUUUGAUGUUGAGGCCGCCGCCGCUGAAAAUGCCUCAAGAAGAAGCUACGCACCAGUCGCUGGCUGGCGAUAUCUUCCUGAUUGACUUCGGUUUGACGUCAUCGACGAUCCAGGACGAGGACCGUGCAGUCGAUCUGUACGUUCUCGAGCGCGCGUUCUCGGCCACGCAUCCUGCCGCCGAGCAUCUGUUUCAUGAAGUCCUGGAUGCGUAUGGCAAGAGCUACAAGGGCGCUAAAAGUGUGCUGAAGAGACUGGAGGGUGUGAGAUUGAGGGGCCGCAAGAGGAGCAUGUUGGGCUAG